ACGAUUUCAGACAUGGCAGACGCUAGCUAUAUCGGGCUGCGCGCCGCCGCACGGGGUCUGCCGACCUCCCCUCGAGAUGCCGGAAUGCGCGCAGCCCGCGGCCUAGGUCAGGCACGUGGAGACCCGGUAGGGAGAGUCCACGUUGGCGAGCGUUUGGGAGGAGUUGCUCGACGAUGCGCCGGUCGGUACGCGGGUGACGUCGUCUCAGCUGAAGCGAUGACGUGAGCGGCAGUCAGCGUGCGUGCCGCCUUUCCUCGUUGUGCUCGCGACCGGGUCAGCGCAUGCGCAGAUCGCGCCCCUAGAGCUUUGCGAGCGGGCACCAUUUUGCUGCGCCGGUUUGUUUUGCUGCUCGGGGCGUCCGCCGCCGCUUGACCGCUGUUCAACAGAGGCUGUGUUUGGGGGCGACCACUGGUCGUCUGCCGUGCCCCCGAGAAACGUGGACAAGCCCAUGGUCAAGAUGUCGGCGCUCAUGUCUCGGGGUCACCGCCAGCACUGCUACCUGUGCGACCUGCCUCGCAUGCCGUGGGCCAUGCUGCACGACUUCUCGGAGCCCGUGUGCCGCGGCUGCGUCAACUACGAAGGCGCUGACCGGAUCGAGGUCGUACUGGAGACCGCGCGCCAGAUGAAGCGGGCACACGGAUUUCCCGAGGCCGUAGCGCGGCCCCUCUACAAAGGACUGAACGGAGCGCCGCCCGAAGUGGUGCCGCCGCCGCAGCAGCACCGCGCUGCAGCGCCGGGCGCGCCGGCGCCCAUGGCACCCGUGAUGGACCGCUUCGAGCGACGCAACGCCAUGCUCGAAUACAGCCAGCGAAUGCGCGCCGACCCCCGGGCUGCCCAGGCUUCCGGCGUGCCGUGCAAGCGCGAGCGGGACGACGACGAGCCGCCCGAGCCGUCCAAGCGCGCCGCCGCGCUGCAAGCGCUCGACGAAGCGGUGCCGCCGCGUCCGCCGCUCACGCGCGGCGAGUCGCUGCCCACCGCCGUCAUGGGGGUGCCCUUCGACGUGCGCUACAAGAAAGAAAUGGUGGGACGAGUGUACUCGUUCGACACGGCUACGUCGCUCAAGAAUGCGCCAGGUUACCCGAGCGUGUGCAGUACUCCAAGCUCGACGGCGAGCUCGCUGUCGCCGCUGAGCAGCCGCGCGGCCCAGUCGCCGGACAGCGGCGGCGCCCAGCAGAACGGCGCGCCGGGCGGCCCCAUGGCCGCGCUGCUGACCGUCGCCGAGGCGGUGCCCCCGACGUCUCCGCGCAACGGUGUGGCGCCCGCGGACUCGGCCACGAGCAGCUCGACGUCGGCGCGCCCUCCUCGGCAGUCGCCGCCCGCCGCCGCGCCUCCGUCGACGGCGCACAAGAAGUCGUCGCGGCACGCCGCCGCGACGGCGGGAGACGCCGACUGCGGCGCCAUCUCGGCUCCCACGUCGUCGUCGUCUUCGGCGGCUGCGGCGGCGACAUCGUCCGAGUCCGCGGCGGCGGCGGCCGCCGCUGCGGCAGCGACGCUCAAGUGCACGCUGUGCCAGGAGCGGCUGGAGGACACGCAUUUCGUGCAGUGCCCGUCGGUGGGCCAGCACAAGUUCUGCUUUCCGUGCUCCCGGGACAGCAUCAAGAGCCAGGGUGCGGCCUCCGGCAGCGAGGUGUACUGCCCCAGCGGCGAGAAGUGUCCGCUGGUCGGCUCGUCGGUGCCCUGGGCCUUCAUGCAGGGCGAGAUCGCCACCAUCUUGGGCGACGAGUACAAGCUAACCAGCAAGGGCGCCGCCGCCGCAGCAGCAGUGGCUGCGGACACCUAAAGGCCUACUCGCACGGGGCGCCGUCCCGUGUUUGUUUUUUUCACCGACCGUUGGGAAAAUGGCCGCCGCCCUGCCCGGACGGCGGUUGGCAGCCGUUGUCGUCUCUGCUCGCCGGCCCCGGCCUGUUUGCGAGGGAU